CGUGGAGCUGCCUUCACCUACCUACCACCUUACCAGGAAGCGACUAGUAACACCAGUAACACAAGAAACACACACACACACGCACACCCCGCGGAGGAAACGGCAACAUUAGGACACUGCAGAAAGAUUCUGUUCUGAGCAGCCUGAGAUGUUGAAAUGAAGAUUCAUGAAAAGAUUGUCACCUAUUUUGAAUCUUGCAACUCACCUGUGGACAAAGAAGGGUACCUCUACAAGAAGGGUGAGAUAAAGACUUCCUAUCAGAAGCGCUGGUUCGUGCUGAAGGGAAACCUCCUCUUCUACAAGGACCGGCCGACUGACCGGGACGUGAUCGGGGUGAUCGUUCUGGAGGGCUGCACCGUCCAGCUGUGCGAGUCCGAGGAGCAGUUCGCCUUCUCCCUGGUGUGGAGCGAGCAGGGGCUGAGGACGUACAAGUUUGCCGCGGAGGACGAGGCCACUCAGGAGAACUGGAUCAAAGCCCUGCUGUCGGCCAACCACAGCUACCUGGCCCUGCUGGUGCUGGAGAUGGAGAAAAAGUACAGAGAUGCCUUAGCUUCCUCGGGUGAACCAGCCAAAACCUUCACCAUGCCAAACUUCAACACGUCCGAAGUGGACUACGCGUCAUCGGCCUAUCCGGCCGGGCGCUCCUCAACUCUCUCUUCCUACCCGCCCGGUGCGGGCUCGGGUGUGCUGCUUCCGAACCCGGCCGCGUCGUCGUCCAAGGGGGCCAGCAGGAAGUCGCCCAAGCUCUGGCCCAAGAGGAGCGCCAACACGUUGCCCGUCGGCGCCCCGGCCCUGGCCUGUGAGGACUGGUCAGGGUUGAGCUUCAGCGCCGCGGAGGAUUUUUGUAAGAUCCACGAGGAUUACGGAAAGGAGGUGAAGGAACUGAUUGCCGAGUGGGCGAGGAGGGGGCGAGGCGGGGACGUUGUCCCGGAGGAAAACUUGAUAGAUUUUGGGUGAUUCGUUUGAAGUUCAGUCGGAUUUUGUUGCGUUUAAAUAACAAAUUUUAUUGCAUAGUCACGAUGUAAAUAUAUAUAUAUAUGUACUGGAAAAGAUAUUCUUAAGGUAUAUUUUUGUUGAGAAUACUGGAUUCUUUUUUUUUUUUUAACCUGCUGUGCCAUAGAUUAAUCAAUAAAUGAUCUAUGAUGGUC